GGCUCUGGUUUCAGUUAGUUGUUAGUUCGCAAUCGGCCGUCUGCGAACGCGUGUGGUUUUUAUACGCAUGCUCGGGAACGCGUUUGCGAUAUUGGCAUAUCCGUAGCGAACGUUCAGUUCUGAGAGCUGUUGGCUCGUUCCCGAUUCCACCCUCUCCUCGCGUCACCGCGUUAUUCGUCGCGCCUCGUAGUCGGAGACGUCCUAGCAAUCACGAAUUGGACCGUUCCCGGCGAAAUCCUUGACAAUGGCCGCGGCCAUGGACCACGACUAUUACGACGGUUUUCGCACGUUCUCCUGGCUUGCGGAUCUCGUCGGAUUACCGAUUGACCAGGUAAAUUUUGUCCUCACGCAAUUCACAGCGCUCAUAUUAGCCGCUUUAUUAAGAUCAUCACUGAGCCCCAUCGCUACUACUCCAGCUGCCAGACAUGUUUAUGGCCUCACUAUUGGCCUUGCUCUUGGAUAUUUUUGCUUUGGCAGGCAGGCAAUUCAUCUCGCUAGUCUUCCUGCGCUAUGUUACAUAGCGAUGCGCACACAAAAUCCACGCAAUAUGCAGAGGGUCGUCCUCGCAAUUGCCUUAAUCUAUUUAUCGUGCAUUCACUUUCACCGACAGAUCUACGAUUAUGGCUCGUACACGCUCGACAUCACCGGCCCUCUCAUGGUUAUAACGCAGAAAGUAACUAGUCUAGCGUUCAGCAUUCAUGAUGGACUAACGCGGCGCGAAGAGGAGUUGACACCGAUGCAACGUCAUCAGGCUGUACAGAAGAUGCCAACUACUUUGGAAUAUUUCAGUUACAUCUUUCACUUUCAAGCUUUAAUGGCUGGUCCAGUGAUAUUUUACCGCGAUUAUAUUGACUUUAUACAUGGCCAUCAUUUACCUGGCGCUAAAUCUUUAGCUGGCUUCUAUGACAAAAAUAAUCAAGAAAAGGAGAUCGUUUUGGAGCCGUCACCAACUCUGGUCGUCGUGAAAAAAGUUACGGCGAGUUUAGUAUGCGCCAUUUUAUUCAUCACAUUUAUCCCGAUCUUCCCGAUACAGCGUGUAAAAGAGGACGAAUUCUUGGAGAACACAAGUAUGCUUUACAAAGUGUGGUACUUAAUGCUAACGACUAUGCUCGCGCGCUUUAAAUACUAUCACGCUUGGUUAUUCGCUGAUGCCAUAUGCAACAAUUCCGGUCUCGGAUUCAACGGCUAUGAUGAACAAGGCAAAGCGCGUUGGGAUUUGGCAUCCAACGUCGACGUUUUAAAAUUCGAGACAUCACUUAAUCUUAGGGACAGUAUUGACAGCUGGAACAAGGGCACAAAUUUAUGGUUGCGAUCGAUCAUGUAUGAACGAGCUGGUCAUAACAAAAUAAUCUAUACGUAUGCCUUGUCUGCUCUAUGGCACGGAUUUUAUCCCGGUUAUUAUCUCACGUUCGCAAGCGGAGCGUUUUUCACAGUAGCGGCACGUUCGAUCCGUCGCUAUAUUCGACCGCUGUUCCUUGAGUCUCAACGAAAGAAGACUCUUUACGAUGUUUUAACGUUUAUUACGACAAGAAUUAUAAUGGCCUAUAUGACGUUCAGCUUUGUACUAUUAGAAUUUGUACCAAGCAUCAAAAUGUACCUGUACUUGUACCUGCUUCCGCAUUUAUUGGGUUUAAUUGCGAUAUUACUUCCACCCCAUCUGGGGCUGUCGCGGAAGACGCACAAACAGUCGACCACAAAGAUCGAGACUGAUCUCUCCGAAACAGUCAGCAACGGAAACGCACACAAAACAAUGUAGUCUUCUGAUUGUGCAUUAGGAAAAA